CCACUGUUUCACAUCCACAUCCUGGUAGUUUAGUGACUCAGAGCCAUUUUGCGAGGCUCCUGGAAGGGUGAAGUACACUCAGUGCCUUUUACAACUGGGGAUUUAGGCAAUUCAGAGCCAGCACACCAGGUUUUCUGCAUCCAGGAACUUGGGGAACUCAAAACCCUUUUGUGAGGGUCGUGGAAGAGGAAAGUAAACCUGUACAGUGUGUGGUAUCUCCAAAGCAGCAGUGGAACCACCUGAGAUUACCAGAGGGAGGUGUCCAUUAUCUGCCGGGAAUCCAGGCUUCUGAGUCUUCAUCCCUGUGACCUGUGUGGUUUCCUGCCUGCUGUUGCCAAGGAAUCUCAAGAUGGAUCCUACUGAGAACAGCCAGAGCUUCAACCUCCCAGUCAGCCCUCAGGCCCAAAGGGAGGCAAGGGGCCUGGAGAGUGCUCAGGUCCCCAUAGCUGAGGCUAGAGAGGCAGAGGCCACUGCCACCACCCCAGGGGAUAUGUCUGCUGGAGGAAUGCUCAGCUCUCCCCAGAGUGCUCAAAGAGCCUCCUCUCCUCCCACUGUCAUGGGAGGGGCAUCAUCUGCUGAGGCCUCUGGAAACCCAGAAGGGGAGGUGGCUGAGCCCGAGUUUCCCCCACAGGCUGUACUAAAUGGAAGGAUAGUUGCUUUGGUGAGAUUCCUGCUCACCAAGUUUCGAAGGAUGGAGCUAGCCACCAAGUCAGAAAUGAUGCAGAGGGCCAUGAGAGAUUAUGAGGAGUACUAUCCUGUGAUCUUUAGUAAGGCCUCUGAGUGCAUGAAGUUGAUCUUUGGUAUUGACAUGAUGGAAGUGGACCCAUUUGUCCACUCCUAUUUCCUUUUCCCUGCCCUGGGGAUCACCUAUGAUGGGUUGAUGCAUGGGGUUCUAGGUGUACCCAAGACAGGGCUGGUUAUAAUUGUACUGUGCAUCAUCUUCAUAGAGGACAAUUGUGUCAGUGAGGAGGUGUUCUGGGAUGUGUUGAAUAGCCUAGGGCUGUAUGCUGAUAUGGAUCAUUUCAUAUUUGGGGAGCCCAAGAGUCUCAUCACUGAGGAUUUUGUGCAGGAAGGGUAUGUGGAAUACAGGCAGGUGCCCAACAGCCAUCCUCCUCGCUAUGAGUUCCUGUGGGGCCCAAGGGCCUAUGCUGAAACCACCAAGAUGAAGGUCUUGGAAUUUUAUGCCAGCAUUGUUAAGCAGGAUCCUAGAUCCUACUCUGAAAAGUAUGCAGAGGCUUUGAGGGAGGAGCAAGAGCGGGCCUAGGCCAGAGUAGGCCAGCAGAUGAUAGAUAACACUGCUCUGACCAGCAAAAGUUCUACUCUACUAGCAGUUUCUAAUCCACAUCAGGUCAGGCAGAGGGGUGAAGUAACUAGUGGACUGGUGGGAGAGAGUGUAAAUCAUUCCUUUCUUACUCUUCUGUUUGAGUGACUUGAGGAGGCUCAUUAUAAGAUUUUGUUACUUUUACUACAAGAUUCAUUUGCUUGAGAUUUUUAAGGUUACAAAUGACAUUACUAAUGUAUCUGUUGUUGGUCCAAGUUAGGAGAAUUUUGUUAUCUUGAAAACAAACACAAAUGUUUUCUAAUAUAUAGUAUGUCAUAAGCUAAAAUAGCAUUAAAGUUGGAAUUUCCUGGGUGUUGGAAAAGAAAUUGGCAUUAACAUAAAGAACAGAAUAAAAUUAAUUUUUGAUUGUG